AUGCAGCGCUUCCCCGACGCAGACCCCUACGACGUCCUCGGCCUCGACCACUGCUGCUCCCCAGCACAGAUCAAGUCGGCCUACAAGAAGCAGGCCCUCAAAUCCCAUCCAGACCGUGCGCCGCCAGAACAAAAGGAGGCUGCGACCGCCCGCUUCAAGAUCAUUGCAGAGGCUUACGAGACCCUCUCUGACGAGCGCAAGCGCCGCGAAUACGACACCUUCAACCGGCGCGGCCGCAACGGCGCAGGCCCGUCCUUCACCUCGGCAGACUACGACGCGGCGCAGGACGAGUUCGCAUCCGCCGACCGACAGCACUUUGGCACCUCGCCCGACGGCAGCGCCUUUUCUUUCACCUGGGAGUCGGCCGCCGACUCGGCCAGGAGGGCGCAGAGGAGCCGCGCCGGCCGCCCCUUUGGACCGGACGGCUUCGACCCUUUUGAGCUGUUCAACAUGAUGUUUGAAAACGAGUUCGCCUCCGCCGCCGGUGGCCGUGGAUCGGCCUCGCAGAGAGGCGGCGGCGGCAGUAUGGGCGCCGGCUUCUCGCCCUUUGGUGCCGGGUUCAUGGCCGACGAUCCCUUUAUGGCCAACCACCGCAGGAUGGCCGACUUUGGCGGAUUCGGAUUCGGCGCGCCGCCCCGUGCGGCGAGAGGAGGUGGCGGCGACGAAUUCGGCUCGCCCUUCGGUGCCGGUCUCAUGAGCGGCAUGGCAGGUGCCGCCGGCGGUGGUGGCGGCUUUGGACUGGGCGGCAUGUUUUCCACCUUUAGCAGCAGCAGCAGCAGCAGCAGCAGCAGCAGCAGCUCGGCCGGUUUUGGCAGUGGUGGGUUGGCGGGUACGAGCGAGACGCGGAGCACACGCAUCGUCAACGGGCACGAGGAGACCUUCAUCCGCCGCGUCGAUGGCGCGGGCAACGAGACGGUACACUGCAUCACGCCGCGAGGCCAGUCGGUCCACGUCAACGGUAUCCCACAGCCACACCAUCCUCUGCUCGGCCGUACCGCCGCCUCGGCUGCACCGUCGCAAGUGUCGUCGUCGUCGCAGCCGUUGCCAGGUACUUUUGCGGCGCCCAUCGACGUUGAUGCGCUCGAGGAUCCACCGGGUCGUUGA